GAUCUGAGUACUUCUCCCCCCUCUGCUGAACAUUUCUUUCAGUUUGUGACGUCGGCCUACGUGACUCUGUUUGCUGUGACGGCCUGCGGUCUGGACUCUGUGGACCAGAGACCCUCAGACUUCCCCCACCAGGCCUCUGCUCAGAUGGACUGGCUGAGAGACCUCGCUCACAGACUGGUGGAUCUGGUGUGGAUGCCUCCGUCUCAGGAGGACAUCAACAUGGCUGCUGCUGCUGCUGCUGCUGAGCAGAGUGACGGAGAGAAGAGGAACAUCUUCCCCUUCUGUUACUGCAGAGAAGAGAAACCAGGGGAGCGUCUGGUUCGCUGCUGCAGUAACUUGUGUCCGAGGAUCUGGUUUCACGAAAGCUGUGUUCAGACUCGGACCCUCUCAGAUCAGGAUCAGGAUCAGGAUCGGUUCUGUGGUCCGGACUGCGGCUCAGACGGGACGUACGCUUACUGUCAGUGUAAGGAGCGGAGGGGGGGGCAGAUGGUCCAGUGUGGCCUGAUGGAGCGCUGCAGGAAGCACGAGUGGUACCACCGAGCCUGUUUGACAGACGCCCAGCAGAGCAACAACCAGCACACUACGUGGUUCUGCUCCUCGUCCUGCUCCAUGGGGGGGGGCGGGGAGGAGGACUUCCUGUUGAACUACACUAAGACGGUGUUGUGGGAGGGGCUUAACCACCUGGCCCGACGGGACGCCAUCCAGGAGGGGGACGGAGACGCCAUGACGGACUUCUGGAGGACGGACAUGGUUUUGCUGUGGAGCCGAGAACACCUGCAGCUCUUCAACAGCAGCCACCAGCUGAUCACAGGGAUCGAGGGGUUCUACCCGGAGCGCGUCAGACAGGACAUGAAGUGGAACCGAGUUCUGAAUCUUCAGGGAACAUCGGGAGGGAACGUCAGCCUGGAUCUCCUCACUGAGCUCAUGAUCAACGAGUUCAAAG